CGGCAGCACUGCACGGUCUCGAAGGGAAUGCCGACACGUCACCCUCAUGAGUUAGAACGGGCGACUGCAAGGCGCGUUCCCCCGUUUGCAAGUCUAGAUCUACCGAUGUCACGACCCUUGGAACUUCGUUCUGUUAACCUCGUGCCCGAAAGGAAGAACACACGGACGAACCAACCCUGUCUUGUCGGAGGUGAUGUGUUUACUGCACAAGGCCGAGUUGCGUCUCGAACGCAUGUUCGUGAAGUCAUCCCUGCGGCCAAUUCGGCUAUCACACCAAACACACCAUGUGAUGGUGUCGCAUUGCAUGAGUAUUGUCAACCAAAUGUGGACAUUGUCGCGUCCGUUGACUCAAUGAAGCAAGUGUUUUCUAUGGCAUACAAUGCCAGCCCCCCGCCCAUUGCGGUGCAUCGUGUCGGUCAACGGCUUGUUUUGGGGACGCAUGCAUUGUCCGAAUCUCAACGAAUUUCCCGUCGAUACAAGAAAUCGGUAUCCAAGACUGUCUCGAAUACUCUUGCUCCUCUAACCAGCCCCACUUCGGUGCAAGCUCGUAACCCCUUCUUUUUCAAAGACUGGAUUGUCAACGACGAGGAUUUUGAUGAGGGCGUGGUUCAUCAGAUCGCCACGGACCCAGAAACUGGAGAGAUAUUCUUAGUUGGCGAUGACGAUCUAGUCCCACACGAUGAAGAGAGUGUCCAAGAAAGUGUCCAGCAUGGACUUCACCACCGAUUUCUUCAUGAUUCUCUCUCUCGGGUAUCAUUUCCACUGGAAUUGACCAUGACUGAGCACGUGCCGCCAUCCCUCCUACACCCAUCGUCGUACCAGCAGCUGGUGCGGUGGCAAUUCAACACCAUGGAAAUGUUACUGGGCAGCAACACUGUCAUUUUCAAGCACAAGGAGGGCGAAGAAUCAAUUAUGGAUGAAGUUGGUACCGACGCUUCGACGUCAGUCACGUUAAACUCUGCUGAUCGAUCCAAAUUGAACUCGCUUGCAUGUUUGGACACAUGGCUCGACAACGUGAUGAACAACCUCGACCAAACUGCAUUUUGCUAUCAUCAAGACGGCCACGUGCAGGGGUAUCAAAUGGUGCGCACCGAAGACUUGCCGUUUGUGCAAGAACCAGAACUGUUUGAUGCCCAUGCGGUGUUUGACAAUGCCCAGACUAUUUUGUCAUUUUUGCAAGAGCACUGCGUCGAUGAAGCACAGACUUAUUGGCUGACCAAGUCUGCGAUCAGCUCCAAGGUGCACCUGUUUCAAUUGCCCACGAAUAUGUACACUACUGCGGACCAUACAGUUGGCAUGCUGUGUUUUCAGUUGGCCAAUUCGAUUGUUGGUGCAAACAACCAAGACGUCAGACGCGCCCAGCGGCUAUAUUCCAAGUGUAUUCAGAUGGUUGACUCCAAGGCAUUUCCAGAUGUGGCAGCUCAAGCGUGCUUGGCUCUUGGCACAACCUUCAUUCGAAAGCACCUUAAGUCCGGCCUGCUCGCAUUGCGCCUUCUUGACAGCGAUGCUGACUCAGGUUUGCGGACCAACGCUAUGUUGGAUGAGCUGUCAACAGCAUUGGACGCAUGCGAGACUUUCUCGAAGCAAGACGGCAAGCCGAAAAUUGCGUCGUUGUUUGAAAUUGCCCAACGCUACAUACCAACUAAGCCGGAAUCGAAGCAUGCAAAAUGGAUCGAUGGAUCGAGCGUGGAUGAUACUCCGCCGCCACUAUUAGACGACGAAGCUCAAGAGAAAGAGGAUUUUGAGCAGGCCCUCGCCAUCUUUGCACAAGGGCUCAAUUGGGUACGCGAAGACACACCGACAGAUUCGAAUUUACUCGAUGGCUUGCUGGCGUGCUACUACGUGCUGUCCCAUUUUGCCACUCACGAAGGCAAACUCGGAACAGCAUUCAGCUACGCCCACAAGCUACUAAAAUUGCUGCCAUCGUACCAGUAUCCCCAAGUAAACCUUCUCGUGGCCAAACUGCACCUCCGACUUACAUCGGUGCAACAAAUGGGCAUCUAUCGAGAUCAAUUUGCUACAACUGAGCGAACCCGCCUGAAACCGAGAACUUCGACAAAAGUACAAGUGCCAGCGUGGGUGCAAAUGUCAGCAGCUUUUGCGGCCACUUGGACGUUGGUGGACAAGGAACAGCAUUUGAACAUUGCUGUUGCGAGCGCUAUGCAUGUUGGCACGUCUACGGCUGCCAAUCAUAUGCUGUCACUCCUGAGUGUCGGAAGAGAUCGUCUCAACAACUCAUUUCGGGCAACCCUUCGCGACGCAUACGUGUCUCAGACUCGCCAUUUUGUCGUCUCUGGCAGGCAUACGAAAGGCGCCCGCCACGCCGAGCAAGGACUCGUAUUGUUCGCUUCAAUUGGCGAUGAUGCGGCGGCUAUCGAGAUGCGAGUAUUACUUGGGGAGAUUGCGUUGCGGCACGCCCAUCACUCAAUUGGAUACCACAAAGCCAUCGGUGCCUUCACGAAAGCCUUGUUGGACUUGAAGACUUCCCGCACCGACAUGGACAACGUGUGGAGACAAGCGCUGCAAGUGCACAUCCUCCUACUUCUCCGGCUGGCGCAUGCGCAACACGCCUUGUAUUUGCAGGAACAUUUAUCGCGCGAGUCGUUGUACAGUGUGGAUGAUGCCAGUGCUUGGACCGCUGCUCAAAGUGCAGUGCGUGUCGAGUUGAAGAAGUGCCUCUCGUACAGCCAAGACGCGUUGGCACUCACUCCCGCAUCAGCCAAAACGAAGUGGCGAGUUGCAGACUCACACUACUUAUUGUCGAGCCUGUACUCUUCGCACUUGGGAUUGCAGAAUUCGUACAAUGCGUCGGUGGAUGUUGAUCUGAUGAGGACGUGCGAGGAGCAUUAUGAAGCAGCCCUUGCCGCCAUGCCACUUACAUUUGAUUCGUGCAUGCACCACAUGUUGCUUCGGUUGGACAUGGUCAAGUUCCUCCUGUCCACUGGCGUCAAGAUCGAGGCGCAUUUCCGUGAUGGGCCACCGCCGGAGUCAGCGGCGUGGCGUGCCUUGAUAUGUCUUUUGCAAUGCUCCACUCUGUACAACCUUCCCAUGGGAAAUGCCACUGAAGACGUUCGCCAACGAGUUUUGAUGCUUCUCCGAGGAAUGUUCCCCUUGAUUGAACAGCAAGUCCAUGGGUGUAUGAAGGCUCUGAUCAAGAUGAGGCAUCCCCGCACAGACUCUAUCAAAGAAAGCUACCUGAUCUGGAUCAAGAAUGCGUCGUCGUCAUCCCCUAUGGACCUGUUGGCACGGACCCUCGACGCACUUGUCCAAUCCACUGAUGAAAUGCGGCCUUGAUGUGCCCGCCACCGUUCAAGGAUCCAUGUGAUGAAGGUCUACUUUCGGGAAUGUCCCAGAGAGGAUGACGCUGAAGGUGGUUAUGAAGCGCCUUGGUAUUCCAGUAGAGGUGGCAGAAACGCUCCAUUCGAUGGAUGAAGCGCAAUGUGCUCUAUUCGUGAACCUUUUUGUUCGCUCGCACCAAUUCUUUUCAAUAUAGAGUGAAAGUAGUGGGAACAAGCGACUGCUUACGAGUCGAGCUUGGGCUUACGACGGCUUGAUUGUCGCGUUAG